UCAAAACAAAACAGAGUGAUUGUAACUUGUAAGAAGAAGAAAUCAAAAAUCGAAAAAGCAUGGCGAGUAAGGGCCAAAACUCCUACCGCUUCCUCCCCACCAUGGACAGGGAUUUUCCACUCUCAGAUUCCUCCUUCGAAUUCGACGAGUCCGACCUCUACAGCUCCGGCCGAGCUAACUCGCCCGAGUUUCGCAAACCUGUUCGUGCUUCUCGAUUCCACAGUAACUCCGGUGGUGGACGCGUCGGAGCUCCGUCGUCUCUUCCGGUCAACGUCCCGGACUGGUCUAAGAUACUAGGGAACGAGUACAGACAGAACCGGAGGAGGAACGACGACGAAGAAGCGGAGAGCGAUGAGGAAGAUGGAGGUGGUGGGAAAGUUCCUCCGCACGAGUUUCUGGCGAAGACGAGGAUCGCUUCAUUCUCCGUUCACGAAGGGGUUGGUAGGACUCUCAAAGGACGCGAUCUCAGUAGGGUCCGAAACGCCAUUUGGGCCAAAACCGGUUUCCAAGACUAGACCCGCAAAUAAAUUACAAUAGAAUCACCAAAUAGACAUUUUUGUUUUUCUUCACUCUCCUUUAAAUUUUCCAUUUUGUGGAGUCGUUUUAUUUUUUUCCAUGAUCUUCCUACUUGUAUAAGAGGAGAUGAGGAUCAAUUAUGAAAUCCAAAUCUGAGAGAUUUUAAUUCGCAUCAAUACACGAUGUUAUUGUU